GAAGUUAUGCAUCCCUUUCAACGAGUGAUACAGCCAGAGGAAAUGUGGCUUUACAGGAACCCGUACAUUGUAUCUGAUCGUAUUCCUACCAAUAGCAUGUUUCUCAUCUGCUUUCUAUCACCCCUUUCAGUGGUGGCUCUAGUUCGUCUUUUUGGUCAAGCAGAUUCCACAGAUAUGCGGGAAGCAGGGCUUGCGGCAAGUCUUUCCCUUGUAUUAAAUGGUAUCUUCACAAACACACUGAAACUCCUGGUUGGUAGACCUCGGCCUGAUUUUUUUUCCCGCUGUUUCCCUGAUGGCAAGGAUUCUCCUGAUUUGGAAUGUUCUGGUGAUCUUAAGUUAGUUAUUGAGGGGAGGAAGAGUUUUCCUAGUGGCCACUCAUCAUUUGCCUUUGCAGGGCUUGGUUUCACAGCUCUGUACAUUGCUGGAAAGCUUCACUGUUUUUCUCCAAGUGGACGAGGACACUCUUGGAGAAUGUGUACCUUUUUGGCCCCCUUACUUUGUGCAAUAUCCAUCGCUGUUUCCCGCACCUGUGAUUACAAGCAUCACUGGCAAGAUGUGGCAGUUGGAGCCAUAAUAGGACUUGUCUUCGCUUGUCUUUGCUACCGUCAAUAUUACCCACCGCUAACAGACUAUAACUGUCAUCAGCCUUACAGAAGUAAGGGACGAAUGGCAGGUGCGCAGGAGAGGAAGAUGAACACAAUAGGAUACAGUCUGGAUGUAUAACCUCCGCUCCCUGGAGUGUGAAAGUUACAGGAAGAACUGCAAACUAUUACAUUUCCAUACUAUAAAAAAAAAUGUAUCUGUUCACUGCAAGUGUGUUGGAGGCUUAAUCUGCAAAGAAGAAACCUUACAUUCCAAGAUUGUUUUAUAAGUGUUUGCUACUAUUUUAAUAAAGAUACAUCAAUUGUGAAAGAAAAAAAAUAUGGAUUUUAUAGCAGAAAAUAUAUUUAACAUUCUGCAAAUAAAUAUUUUAAAUUGUUGUAUUGCC